AUGAAAUUAAAAGCACGCAACAAGCCAGCAGAUGGAAGUAGUCACUUAAAGCAACGUGAGAAAACUCCGACACCAGGUCACAAAGGUGGUCAUGGUCAAGCGAAGGCUACGGCACAUUCAGCCAAACAACCACCUCCAGGAAAGCAUGGAAGUCUUUCGCUUUCCAAAGGAUCACUGCAGAAGACUCCAUCUUCAGAUCGCGAUUUGUAUCUCCCACCACCACCAAAAGCUGGUGCACGGAACAAGAAAAAUAAGAAGAAAGUCUACGACUUGUAUGUCAAAAUCGAUAUUGUAAGUAAAAUCAAAACAAUUUAUUUCAUUAAAAAUACAUCAAAAGUCACAUUCAAUUGA